CUGGGAACACUGGUUGAUAUCUGAGUUGGAAAUCUGAGUAAAAUGUUUAAUUUCUGGAUCCUGAUCUUGAUUUCAGUUGUGCUCAGUGUUGUGAUUGCAAUACUGAUUACUUUGUUUGUUCAUAACACAAGAGAACUCCAGAGUAAAAAACAAAGAGAGGACCAGAGACUACAGAGUGAAGACCAGACCCUGAAGAGUGAGAACCAUACCCUAAAGAGUGAGAACCAGACCCUAAAGGUUGAGAACCAGCCCCUAAAGAGUAAGAACCAGACCCUAAAGAGUGAGAACCAUACCCUAAAGAGUGAGAACCAGACCCUAAAGGUUGAGAACCAGCCCCUAAAGAGUAAGAACCAGACCCUAAAGAGUGAGAACCAGACCCUGAGGAGUGAAAAGAUAAAGAGUGAAGAUCAGACCCUAAAUAGUGAGAAACAGACCCUAAAGAGUGAGAACCAGACCCUAAAGAGUGAGGACCAGACCAUAAAAAGUGAGGACCAGAUCCUAAAGAGUGAGAACCUUAAGAGUAAAGAUCAGACCAUAAAGAUGGAGACCAAGACCCAAAAGAGUGAGAGCCUAAAGAAUGAAGACCAGACCUUAAAGAUAGAAACCCAGAUCCAAAAGAGUGAGAUUCUAAAGAGUAAAGAUCAAACCCUAAAGAAUGAGAACCUAAAGAGUGAGGACCAGAGCCUCAAGAGUGAGAACCUAAAGAGUGAGAACCAGACCCUAAAGGAUGAAAACCUAAAGAGUGAGAACCUAAAGAGUGAGAACCAGACCCUAAAGGGUGAAAACCUAAAGAGUGAGAACCAGACCCUAAAGGAUGAAAACCUAAAGAGUGAGAACCAGACCCUAAAGAGUGAAGAUCAGACUCUAAAAAGUGAGAACGUAAAAAGUGAGAACCAGACCCUUAAGAAUGAAAACCUAAAGAGUGAAAACCAGACCCUAAAGAGGGAGAACCAGACCCUAAAGAGUGAGAACCAGACUCUCAAAAGUGAGAACGUAAAAAGUGAGAACCAGAGCCUAAAGAGUGAGAACCAGACCAUACAGAGUGAAGACCAGACUCUAAAGAGUGAGGACAAGAGACUGAAGAGUGAGAACCUAAAGAGUGAGAACCAAACCCUAAAGAGUGAGAACCAGACCCUAAAGAGUGAGAACCAGACCCUAAAGGUUGAGAACCAGCCCCUAAAGAGUAAGAACCAGACCCUAAAGAGUGAGAACCAGACCCUGAGGAGUGAAAAGAUAAAGAGUGAAGAUCAGACCCUAAAUAGUGAGAAACAGACCCUAAAGAGUGAGAACCAGACCCUAAAGAGUGAGGACCAGACCAUAAAAAGUGAGGACCAGAUCCUAAAGAGUGAGAACCUUAAGAGUAAAGAUCAGACCAUAAAGAUGGAGACCAAGACCCAAAAGAGUGAGAGCCUAAAGAAUGAAGACCAGACCUUAAAGAUAGAAACCCAGAUCCAAAAGAGUGAGAUUCUAAAGAGUAAAGAUCAAACCCUAAAGAAUGAGAACCUAAAGAGUGAGGACCAGAGCCUCAAGAGUGAGAACCUAAAGAGUGAGAACCAGACCCUAAAGGAUGAAAACCUAAAGAGUGAGAACCUAAAGAGUGAGAACCAGACCCUAAAGGGUGAAAACCUAAAGAGUGAGAACCAGACCCUAAAGGAUGAAAACCUAAAGAGUGAGAACCAGACCCUAAAGAGUGAAGAUCAGACUCUAAAAAGUGAGAACGUAAAAAGUGAGAACCAGACCCUUAAGAAUGAAAACCUAAAGAGUGAAAACCAGACCCUAAAGAGUGAGAACCAGACUCUCAAAAGUGAGAACGUAAAAAGUGAGAACCAGAGCCUAAAGAGUGAGAACCAGACCAUACAGAGUGAAGACCAGACUCUAAAGAGUGAGGACAAGAGACUGAAGAGUGAGAACCUAAAGAGUGAGAACCAAACCCUAAAGAGUGAGAACCAGACCCUAAAGAGGGAGAACCAGACCCUAAAGAGUGAAGAUCAGGCUCUGAAAAGUGAGAAUGUAAAAAGUGAGAACCAGACCCUAAAGAGUGAGAACCGGACCCUAAAGAGUGAGAACCGGACCCUAAAGAGUGAGAACCAGAUCCUACAGAGUGAAGACCAGACUCUAAAGAGUGAGGACCAGAGACUGAAGAGUGGGAACCUAAAAAAUGAGAACCUAAAGAGUGAGAACCAGACCCUAAAGAGUGAAGAUCAGACUCCAAAGAGUGAGAACCUAAAAAGUGAGAACCAGAUCCUGCAGAGUGAAGAUCAGACCCUAAAGAGUGAGAACCUAAAAAGUGAGAACCAGACCCUAAAGAGUGAGAACCAGACCCUAAAGAGUGAGACCCUAAAGAGUGAAGCCCUAAAGAGUGAGAACCACACCCUUAAGAGUGAGAACCAGACCAUAAAGAAUGAAGAUCAGACUCUAAAGAGUGAGAACCUAAAAAGUGAGAACCAGACCCUAAAGAAUGAGAACCUAAAGAGUGAGAACCGGACCCUAAAGAGUGAAGAUCAGACUCUAAAAAGUGAGAACCUAAAAAGUGAGAACCAGACCCUAAAAAUGAAAUCACUGUUAAGAAAAUAUGCAGCAGUGAAUGUGACUCUGGAUCCUGAUUCAGCUCAUCCUGAUCUAAUUUUGUCUGAUGAUGGGAAACAAAUGAGAUAUGAAUACAAACUUAAAAGAGUAAAGGAUGGAAAUAAAGAGCAAAAUAACACAUAUUUCUGUGUUCUUGGAAAGCAAGGAUUCGCCUCAGGGUGUUUUUACUAUGAGGUGCAGGUGAAGGGGGUAACAAGGUGGUAUUUAGGUGUGGCCAAAGACUCUGUUAAAAGGAACGGCGAGAUCAGUCUGAAUCCUAAGAAUGGAUUCUGGACUAUGGGAAGGAGAGAUGGGAUGUAUUUGGCUUGUGAGAAUCCAUAUAUUCCUCUUUUCCUGAAUGUGGCGCCUCGGAGAGUUGGGGUGUUUGUGGAUUAUGAGGAGGGUCGGGUGUCUUUUUAUGAUAUGGAGUCUGUUUUUCAUAUCUACUCCUUCACUGCACAGUCUUUUGAUGAACAUCUAUAUCCUUUUUUUUCUUUGGGUCAUGAUUGGUCUAAAAAGUCAGAUGUAUCACUUGUCAUCUAGUGAUCUCUCAUAAGAUCUGAUCUAAAAUAAUCUCCAAUUGAGAGGGAAUCACAGCCCCCAUUCAAAAAGACUUGUGAUAAUGCGUCCAAUUGAAAAAUAAACUGACUAAUGAUUUGACAUUUUAUUUUCAUUAUAUUUUCAUUAUAAUCUUGAGGCAAAACUGCCAAUAUUAAAAUAAAAGGCAAAUGUGAAUAAAGAAAUUGCAAAUAUAUUUUAAAUAUAUAAAGUUUUUUUUAUUAAUGCUUCAUUAAAUUUAAAGUUUAGUUUUUUGUUCUCUUUUACUUUUAUUUUCUUUUUUUUUUUAAAUACUAGUGACAAAUCUAGCAUCAAUUUCUGUACCUGCAAACUACAUCACUGUUAGAACAAUCUGAAAAACCUGUACACUGAAAAAAAAUGAUUCAUUUAAUUUACUAUUUAAGAUACAUUUAAACAAAAGUGUUUUAUUUUUUAUGUAGCUUAAAUACAUUUAUUGUGACCACUUACCUUUAAAAAAUUAAGUAUUUUUUCAGUGUACAGAACUGUUUUAUUUUAUUUUUAUGUAUGUUGUAUUGUAUUAACAUUAUUUGUGUAAUAUUGCUGAUAAAUAGAUUUUGUUCUUAUUUUAUUAGUCACUUUAUACUUUAACAAUAUUUGAAAGUUAUAUGAGGUAGGCUAGUAGUUGUCAUAACCUUGUUUAAUGUUACAUGGCAAAAAAAAAAUAAGCAGGACCAUCAAUACAUAAAUACUGGCCAAACCGGGUGCGUUUCCAAAAAGCAUGGGAAAGCUUUAGACGGGUGUAAAAUAUGGGAGUAUUUGUUCUUGGUUUACUGUACAUAAGUAUUUUUUUUUGUAUCUGCUUU